UUAUUAAUAACAAUAUGCAACAGUAUGAUGUAUCAUCAUCACAACAUAAUACGGCAUCUCUGAAUACUAAACAUGUAUCUAAUAUGGAUAACAUAAUGAUAAAUUCAGCUCAACAGCAGACUUAUCAUACUAGUCCUCUUGAUAGCUUAGAGGAAGAAGAAGACGUUGCUCAAAGAAAUAUACAAAUGAUGUUUGAAAAGAAAAAAUAUCGAAGAGAGUCACACAAUGCAAUUGAGAGAAGAAGAAGAGAUGAUAUUAAUGAACGUAUCAAUGAUCUACUAUUUCUUUUACCGAAUAAUAAUCAAGACCUGAAAUUAAGCAAAGGUACAAUUUUAAAGAAAUCCGUCGAUCAUAUCCACUCUUUACACGAUAAUUUAAGACUACAACAACAAAGAAUCAAAGAGCUUGAAGCGUUAAUAGAAAUGCAUCAACAACAAAGUAUAAUGUCAAAUGUAAUUAACCUAACCUCAAUUGCAGAUUCUUCCUUACUAAAUAAAAGACUAAAUUAUAAAUAAGUCGUUCCUUGAAAUAUGUAAAUAAAAU